AUGGUCAUCCUCCAUCCUCCGUCAGAUCGUCGCGGGUCCAAGAUUGCAGCACCCGGAGGCGGGGUUGGAUCUCUGCUACGUAACAAACAACCGUACGACCCAAUCUCCCCUGGACUCACGAUCACGUCUAACCAGACCUAUGACCUAGUGAUCGUCACCUCCGGUCCCUCCGCAACCUACCCGCAGCGCGCAUACCGCAACCCGCUCGAUGCCCUGGUCCAUUUUCUCGACUCCAAACAUGGCUCCGACUGGUGCAUCUGGGAAUUCCGCGCCGAGGGAACAGGGUACCCAGACUCAGAGGUGUAUGGCCGCAUCCACCACUUCCCCUGGCCCGAUCACCACCCGCCGCCCUUUGCGCUGAUCCCGAACAUCAUGGGCAGCAUGCGGAACUGGCUGCAGGAGAAGGAAGGUCGCGUCGCCGUCGUGCACUGCAAGGCCGGCAAGGGCCGCAGCGGCAGUAUUGCCUCCGGGUACCUGAUCAGCCAGGAAGGGUGGACGAAAGAGGACGCGCUGCAGCGGUUUACGGAGCGGCGCAUGCGGACCGGGUUUGGAGCUGGCGUGAGCAUUCCCAGCCAGCUGCGCUAUGUCGGGUACAUUGAACGGUGGACGAACGAGCUGCAGAAGGAGUAUGUUGAGCGACCCGUCGAGAUCCUCGAGGUCCAUAUCUGGGGUCUGCGGGAUGGUGUCAAAGUCGCCGUGGAGGGAUACGUGGACGAGGGCAAGAAGAUCAAGAUCCUCCACAUGUUUCACCGCAGCGAACGGACCAUCGUCGAGGAUGGGGAUACGUCUCAAUCUGAAGGGAGUGACAAGAUCAAAAAAUCAGCCUCGGAAUCACAGUCGGCCACGCCGGUCACCUCCACACCAACAUCAUCAACAUCCAACAUCCUCCGCUCAGCAACAACGUUCUCACAAAACCAACACCCCUCCACCAUGAUCUUCCGGCCCAAAAAGCCCUUGAUCGUGCCAACCUCAGACAUAAACAUCGACUUUGAGCGCCGCAGCAAAGCCUCGUACACGGGAUUCACCAUGGUCACCUCCAUCGCGCACGUAUGGUUCAAUGCCUACUUCGAAGGCGGCGCGCAGUACGACUCGGGCGUCUUCGAGACGGAAUGGGACGCCAUGGACGGGAUCAAGGGGAGUGCACAGAAGGGCAUUCGCGCGAUGGACCGGCUGAAGGUUGUAUGGCGCUAUCCUCCACCGUCCGCGCAAGAUCAAACCGCGAGACCGAUCAGCGAGCCGAAACCGGGCGAGCCUAUCUCCGAGACCCAUCCUGCAGACUGGCGCGGAUACACCUUCCACUCCCCCGCCAUCACCGCGGAGCAGGAGAAUGAACAGUCCUCCACUGGCAGCAAGACCGAAACAAAUUCAGAAACCCACACAAGCACUAGCACCUCUAGCGGAACUCCUGCCUCCGCAGCCGCACAUCUAUUAUCCGUGGCAGGACUCGAGAAGGAUCUCGGGCUGCGCAAACAAACAGACGAAAGCAAAGACGUAAGUCUCGCAGGAAGCGAAGACGAGCGCUCAGAACAAAAACAUACUUCUACCUCUUCUGCGGAUUUGGAAGGAGUGAGGUCUUACUUUGAGAAGACGGGUCCGGAUGAGCAGAAAAGGGAUGGAGAGGAGGGAAGGCCCUGA